GUGAUUUCGACUCCAAAGCAUAUCUCUCUUCUCUUGGAAGUCAACCUGAAAAGUCUAAGCUCUCUGCAGCCUAUCCUUUUCUUGUUUCGUAGAAACAAACAAUAUAUGUAUAUAAAGAAAACGAAAGAAUUUCAUUUUCAAUUUCCACAAGAACAAAUUCUGAUAUUCUUUUUCGGCCCGCAUGUGAGAUGUGACCAUACUGCAAGCACACAAAGAAAACCGACAAUAUCUGAGUCGCCAAUUCAAAGUUAUUAGCUACCGCCGCUCUCCAAAACCCUCUCUUAUGGAGUUUUUGAAUCCCGCUCACCCGCCUCUUCACGACCCUGCGCUGGAAUCCCUUUCUGGUUUGUCUUCCCCGGAUGUUUUCCGGAUUGGGUUUGAUCGGACGGUGAGUUCCCAAUUGCCUGAUAUUGUUGAAGAAGGCGGUGGUGUUAGUGUUAGUGGCGGUGGUGGUGGUGGUGGUGACAAAGUGUACGUGGCUGUGGGAAAAUCUGUUGAGAAAACUGUCGGUUUGCUUCAUUGGUGCUUUAAACGCUUUGGGGGCAGAGAAAUUUGUAUCCUUCAUGUUCACCAGCCCUCUCCUCUAAUACCAACUCUACUGGGAAAUCUACCAGCAAGUCAAGCAAAUGCUGAAGUAGUUUCAGUUCAUAGAAGGCAAGAAAGGGAACAGACAAAGAAGGUUUUAGAAAUUUUCUUGGCCAUUUGUCAUAGAGCUAAGGUUGAAGCAAGUAUCGUUACAACUGAUUGUGACCAAGUUCAAAAGGGAAUAGUAGAAUUGUUAAACAGACAUGACGCUAGGAUGCUUGUUAUGGGUGCUGUACCAGAAAAUUGCAUGAAGGUGAAAAAGAGUUCCAACAAAGCAAAUUAUGUAGCUAAAAGUGCUCCUAUAUUCUGUGAAAUAUGGUUUAUCAACAAAGGGAAACAUGUGUGGAUGAGAGAAGCUUCUGAAAGGUCUAGUCUUUUACCAUCCUGUGAUGAUGCAGGGGGUGCAAGUACGGAAAAUUUAAGGCCUAAAUCACUUGGGUGUAGUAAGAAUAUGUUGCCAUCACACCCCGGAUAUCUUCGAUCUAGUUCUUCUACAGGUUUAACUUGUUCCCAAUAUAGCCAUUGGGUUCAAUCAACCUGUGCAGAAGUGCCAAUGUUGCCUGCUAGAUCUUGUUCUACCAAUACAUGUUUUUCCCACUCUAUCCACAGUGCAUUUAGUCCUAGAAGUAGUAGCUCUGGCACAUCUACUGAAAGAAGGGUGUCUUCAGAUUCUGAUUCAAUGGUUGAGGAAGAGAGCUUAUACUGUCAGCUGGAACGAGUAAGGACAGAAGCUGAAGCAUCAAGGAAUGAAACAUUUGAAGAACUGUUGAAGCGCAAAAAAUUGGAAUUCCAAACUUUGGAAGCCAUAAGCAAGGUUAGAAGCUUGAUUCCUUCUUCUCUUCAGGUCAAAAUCUUUGACUCUGCCUAUGCAAAUGAAGUUAAACUCAGAAAAGAAGCUGAGAAUGCUCUAAGGAAUACAAUAGAGGAACGAGAAAAACUCUUGGAAGAGAAAGAGGAAGUAACUAAAGAGCGACAAAGGGCCAUGGGAAAUGUUGCUCUUCUAGACAAUCGUGUACAAGAAUCAAAUCGUUGGCGGGAUGCUGCUGCUGGAGAAUUGCAACUUGUUCAAGCGUCCAUUGCAUCUCUGCAGCAGGAAAAGCAGACUAUCCGACGGCAGAAAAUGGAAGCUGCACAUUGGCUUGAGCGAUGGAAAAAUCGUGGGCAAGCUGGAGCUCCUAACUGUAAUGGGUUGCUUGGGUUUGUUGAAGAGUUGCCUGAGUUGGCGGAAUUUUCAGUAUCUGAUUUGCAAACCGCAACGUGCAAUUUCUCUGAGAGCUUCAAACUUGGGCAGGGAGGAUAUGGUUAUGUUUACAAGGGCGAAAUGUUGGGCAGAACUGUUGCUAUAAAGAAGCUGUAUCCAAAUAACAUGCAAGGGCAGUCAGAGUUUCAAAAAGAGGUUCAAGUUCUUGGCAAAUUACAACAUCCUCAUCUGGUGACUUUACUUGGCGCAUGCCCAGAAGCUUGGUCUCUUGUAUAUGAGUACUUGCCCAAUGGGAGCCUCCAUGACUGCCUCUUCAGGAGAAGCAACAUUUCUCCCUUGACAUGGAAAGUCCGAGCACGGAUUAUAGCUGAAAUCUCAAGUGCACUUUGCUUCUUGCACUCUUCUAAACCUGAAAAGAUUAUCCAUGGUGAUCUGAAACCACAACAUAUCCUACUUGAUUCUGAACUUAGCUGCAAAAUAUGUGAGUUUGGAAUUUGCAGGCUUGUAACAGAUGAUACUCUUUCUUGCCCGAGUUUUCGUAGGGGCACUGAGCCAAAGGGUGCUUUUCCAUAUACGGAUCCAGAGUUCCGAAGAGAGGGGGUUCUGACAACCAAGUCUGAUAUUUAUUCCUUUGGGGUGAUCAUUCUACAGCUAAUCACUGGAAGGCCUCCUUUUGGGUUGGUAGGUGAGGUGCGUAGAACAAUGUCAUGCGGGAAAUUAGCCUCAAUUUUGGAUCCUUCUGCUGGAGAAUGGCCAACAUUUGUGGCAAAAAGAUUGGUUGACUUGGGUCUGCAGUUCUGUGAAUUGAGUGGCAGGGAGAGACCUGAGUUGACACCUGCUCUCGUGAGAGAAUUGGAACAGUUGCAUGCUUCAGAAGAGCGACCAGUGCCAUCUUUCUUUUUGUGUCCCAUCCUUCAGGAAAUAAUGCAUGAUCCCCAGGUGGCAGCUGAUGGAUUCACGUAUGAAGGUGAAGCAUUGCGUGGAUGGUUGGAAAAUGGCCGUGAAACAUCUCCAAUGACUAAUUUGAAGUUGAGUCACUUGCAUCUUACUCCCAACCAUGCCCUGCGUCUUGCAAUUCAAGACUGGCUUUGCAAAUCUUAAAAUCCCGUUGAUUCAUGAAUUUAUGUGCUACGUUUGUAUUGGGCUUUAAUCAUGUGUGUGACACAGAUGAAUUCUAGGCCAUCCCUGCUUCACCUUUGUAAAUAAAAUUGAUUGAGCAGUAAUUUUUGUAACAUUCUGCACAAGGAGUCUAUCAUCUAAAUUCUAUAUUAUUCCAGGCCAACCCUUCUGUCCUUGUCUGUUUGUCAAUAAUUAAAUGAAUCUUAUUUCUUAA